AUGGAAGAAAAAAGAUCGCUCGUGAACAACUUAAAAGAUCGGAUACUAAAAAUUGAACGUGUCAUAGGUGAUAUCAAAUUUUAUGAAAAGCCCAAUAAUGAAAACAAGACUGAAAAUGAUGAUAUAUUUUAUGAUUGCAGUGAAAACCAAGUUCAUAAUAACAAUAAAAGUAAAGAACAUGAACAGAGCACAGAAAAUCAAAAAUACCUGGAUGAAAUAAAGUCAUGUUUAGAAAACGUAUCCCUCGAAAAUCUAAUAAACACGAACAAAGACGAAUUAAUAGAAAUGAUCAAAAAGCACGAGCACAAAAAUAGUAUUGCUGUUCAUAUUUGCAUCAUCAAGUUAAUACUGCAACAGAUAUCAAAGGAGUACCUUCAAGAUUUAUACAGUCAAUAUAAUGACUUUUACAUUUACAUUCACAGUAAUAGCAUUCUGGAUGUGUAUAACACCUUUGAGUACAAGAAAAACAUUAUCCUGUCUCACUUAAAUUUCAUGAGAACUUAUAGUGCACAAAUUAAAAAUAUUAUGGAGUUAAAGGAGCACAUAAACAGUUACAAAAUAUCAGAAACUGAAAUACACUUAGACAGAUUAAACAAAAUUGAAGAUAAAAACGACAUGCUCUUCGAAAAAGUAUCGGCCAUUAACUCUUCCCUGGAAAGUCUAGCAUAUAAAUAUGCCAUAAUGUUUUUAAGUUUGAAACAAAAAACAGAAACUUUAUUAAGCUGUAUAAGGAGGUAA